AUUAGCUGCAAUAACUCAUGAUGUGGUGGGCUUACGUUGAAAUGACCAUAUAAACAGUUUGGUUUGUGAGCUAAUAAACAAAUUUCUUAUCAGUACAAUUGUAUAUCUAAAUUCCUUUAAACGCAAUUGUUUUGCUAACAGGAUUUGUUUUUAAGAGGAAAAACGAUAUUAUUGUCUUGACAUCAAGAAGGCCUACCUGUAAAAUAAAUACGGGUUUGGAAUAAAUGUUAAAACGGCUUGCCCUAUUUCUGUUUCGCCCGUUUUCUGACCUUCAUUAUUAGUCCAGCUUUAUCAAAAAUGGCUGCAACUAACGAAACGCCUGCCCAGUGGAAAACGACAAUUAUAAUUAGCUCGUCCCUCCAGAACCACGACACCUGCAGGACGCUGAGCGCACAGCAGCACAGAAUCCGGUUCUCCGACAGCGUGGAAGCCGGAGCCUUCAUCUUCCCUCGUUCAGGUACCGCGUUCCUGCUGGUUGAUCCUCAGCACCUGCCAGAGCCUUUGGAAGAAUCCGGCUUAACCGAGCGCAUCCAAAAAUUUGUGCAGGUCCACAGGAACUGCUUUUUACUUCUUUAUUCUCCCUUUAAUGGGAAGAAAGAACUGCAGGUCUUGUCUCAGAUUCAGCACAGGUUUUUUGGCAGCAAUUUGAAGAUCCUUCCUGUACGAAAUGGUGCCCAAAUAGCAAAAGGAAUGCUGACCGUCGCCAAGGCCACCAGUAAGCCACACGUUGACAGAAUCCGAGAGCGGAUGUCUGUGGCCCGGGCUCACGUCGUUGACACCAGUCCUGUGUGGGAAAUGCUAAAAGACAUUUUCUAAAGCCCAGCAGACAAGCCACUCUCACAGGAUGGAAGGGAUUUGUUCCACAAAGAUCCAGGAUAUUAUUUAGUCUGACCACAUGAUACACACUGCCUGGGGAACAAGUAUCACCACCCAGAUUUGUCUAACCAAAGACUUCAGAGGGACUAUUUGCUCGUCACUACGUUAGUAGUUACAGUUUCAGUUAACAAAUAAUUUAAUUUAGUGAUGCAGUGAUAACCUGCUGCUUAGUAGAAAAACACACCGCUGGUUAAAGGGAAAAUAUAAGCCUUUAUCAUAAGGUGAUUUGGGUAAGUAGCUACUAAAAUUAAAUGUCUGAUAUGGUUUUAUUAGCAUUAAAGUUAGAAGGGAACUCAAGUGUAAAAAAAGAAAUAUGCUAAUUAAAAUGAUCAAGAUCAAAUAUUUAUUUCUAAUUCCAUUCAAUUUCACAUUAAAAGCAUUUCUGUUUCUGAACAAAUACAUUUCAUUUUUCUUGUCCAUCUCCCUGGGGAAGUUUCUGCGAACGCCUUUGAGGUUUAUCUUGACUAUAAAGAGGCUUGCAUGUUUACUUCUGGCUGUUCUCCACAUGUUAUCAGACUUUAAAGGUGCAUAGCCACUUUAUUCGGCUUUUCUUUUAUUAAUACGUCAGUAGCUCACUGUGGUUG